AUGCCUUCAGUGAACAGUGUAAGUUCUCUCUUACAACUCAGCGUAGCCCACAUUGUUACUAGAAUUGAAAAUUUUGAUUUACAAACUCAUUCAACGACGAAUAUUUGUGUUAUGGGAGAAUUAGGGAACCUUUUCCAUCAAUUGCCUUCAAGUCUUUGGGAGCAAGUAAUCCUCAACGCCAAAAACGGUAUCGAUCGUCCAGAAGCAUUUAUUCUUGAAUAUCUGAUAAGCAAACAUCUCAGAUUCGCAAGAUUUCAUGUUUACACCGAGGGAUACUUGACUGUUUUCCCCCGGUUCGAAAAGUUGAUUUCUUUAGUCUUGCGAUAUUCUGCAGCGGAUAGCAAUUGCUUACGUGAAUUAGGGAUUCAUUGCAAAAAUUUAAGGAUAUUGGAUGUUUUCGAUUGUCGGUAUGUCACAGAUACAGGAGUUCAAUUACUGUGUUUCAAUUCAUACGAUAAUCUUGUUUUGAAACCCUCCGCGUUGUGUAACACCCUCCAUCAUUUGCUGAUGUACUUUACUAGUGUUACAAAACGAGGAGCUCUAUUGGCCAUUGAAAAUCUAACCGCGUUAAAACACCUUCAUCACGAAAGUACCUUUGAAGUCUUGGUAGAAUUAAUGCAGACGGGUUGGGAUCGGAAUUUAUUGAAAAUUUCCGAUUCGUUUUCUGAAUUCCAUCUCUCAUUAGGCUAUUUCACUCCAUACAUACAAGGUAGUCUGGGACAAGUGGUGCAGCUCAUUCCAUCGCUUACUUGUGUCGCCAUUUGUGUCACGAACGGGUUAACUGACACUGAUCUUUUAAGCUUGAUGUCUUUAAAAAACCUAAAAACCUUUCGAUUAGUUCCUUAUUCAGAAGUUGAAGAGCAAAAUCAAGAAUUUGAAAUCACUUUCAAGGGUGGUGUGGUUCCCCUAUUAAGAAAGUUUGGACAUUUUUUAGAGUCUCUUGACAUUUCUUUUUUUACUGUCAUCGAUAUUUGGACCGUCUUCAAAUGUUGUCCUAAUUUAAUUCGUUUCUGGUUUAAAAGUCACUGCGAUAGCGUUAUGGUCUUAUCUGAGAGCGAGAUAGCCCUGUACCUCAAUAAUGAAGAAAAGCGGUUAAUUUUGAAGAAUCUUGAUGGGCUCUAUUGUGGUUACAAUACUUCGCCCGAAAUCCUUCAUUUUCUAUUGUCUUUUCCUGCAUUAAAAGAAAUUCACAUUAACUCCUGUGAUGCGCUUACCGACGAAUUUUUACAGAGUGCCGUAAGCUGCCACGAAUUUAAGAACGUAAUAAUUUUUAUUUUAUCAUUUUGUAAUUACGUCACUAAACGAGGUAUAGAUGCAUUGAUGACGAAUCGAAAUUGUGUCGAAGAAAUCCGUAUAAAAUGCUGCGAUAAUUUGACGCACGAAAAUGUUUACGAAUGGCACUUGCAAGCAAAAAAAGAAAAUUGGAAAUUCAAUAUACUUUACAAAGAUUCUGAUUUUGACAAGUACUAUUGCUCCAAUAAAAACGACUACUGCUUAAAGUAUGUUUAGUCGAAAUACAUGUGGUAUGCCCUCUGUUCUCUGUCGAUUUAAUAUUCAUUCUUAUAUUCAUCCAUAUUUUGUAUUUCGUUUUUACUCUUCUCGGGUACCUUUCAAUUAGCCGACAAGGACUCCAUUUGAAAAUUUAAUAAACCAAAACUUUUUCGCUUCGCAGCCAAUUUCUAUAUGUGGGCGUCCGUUUUUCACCCUCAAUCAUUUCACAGCAUGUUCGGCAGCAGC